GUCUAUUUCUGUGCUGCUAGUUUCCACAGUGCUGCAUGUCACUGCUCAGCAGUACAAAAACCUCCUCUUCAUCUCUACUGAACACCUGGAUUUCCUUUCUGAUAAUGUGGUUUAUUUUCAGCCUUUUUACUGAGCUGGUGUUAUGUGUCUGUGGUUGACAUGAUGCUAAGAGGAGGAAGAUAAACUACGGCUCCGCCCACCUUGUGACUACCUGUUCAGUUUGCUGAAAGGAGGUUUUAUGACAAGAGGAGGCUGGAAAAAGUCACUGAGAGUAUCAUAUAAGAAACAUUAUUACCAAACAGAAAAGGCAGCAUGAUCAUCUUCUACCUGAUCGUUCAUUUGAACAUGUUUCUGGUUUCAGUUUCCUCUUCAAGUGACCAAGUCCACCAGACUCCAAGAGACAUUUACAGUAAACCAGGAGAACCAGCCAGAAUACAAUGUUCACACCAGAUUCAAAGCUAUGAUCAAAUCCUCUGGUACAAGAAGUCAAACGACAAUCGGCUGCAGCUCCUGGGAUAUGUGUAUUACAAGGCCGUAACCCUAGAGGAUGGAGUGAAUGUAAAGUUGGAAGGGGGUGCUAAUAAAGGAGAUAACUGCACGUUAAUAAUCGAGCGAGUCAAUCAGAGCAGCAGUGCGGUCUAUUUCUGUGCAGCUAGUUUCCACAGUGCUGCAUGUCACUGCUCAGCAGUACAAAAACCUCCUCUUCAUCUCUGCUCCUCGAACAGUGACAAAGUCGACCAGACUCCACGGGACAUUUUCAUCAAACCGGGCAAAGAUGCCAAAAUCAACUUCAAACAAACAGAUGCAGCUCCUGGGAUAUAUGUAUUCAACCACCUCAAAUACAGAGAAGACGUUAAAGUGAAGAUGGAAGGGGACGCGAGUAAAGGAGAGAACUGCACGUUAAUAAUCGAGCGAGUCAAUCAGAGCAGCAGUGCGGUCUAUUUCUGUGCUGCUAGUUUACACAGUGCUGCAUGUCACUGCUCAGCAGUACAAAAACCUCCUCUUUCACAUUUCUACAUCUCAGCAUUACAGCUCACAGCCCCCACUCACACCUGGAAUGAGCCGUUAACCCCCCUCGGUCGACCCAUUCAUAAAGAUCAGAUAUUAUAAGAAGGGAAGGUUUGUCAUGAGCAGCCAGACAAACUACACUCAUCCUCCCACAUCCUGUUAUAAACAGGAAGUUACAUUCAGUACUUCUAAAUCGUCUCAUCACACUAAUAGGAUUCCAUUCCUUAUAGUGAGUGAUAGUGUAGCUGAUGACCCAAUCAAGGGUCCCUCAGAGUGGCUGCUUGAUUCUGAUUGGCUCGAGUAAUAUAUAUAUUUAUUUAAUAAAAUAAAUUAGUAAAUAGAUUUCUAUAUGGAUUUGAAAAGUCCAUCAUCUCUAUCUUUGUCUAUCUAUCUCUGUCUGAAUUCUCUAUCCUCAUUGGAGGAGGCCUGAGGUAAACCCACAGGCAGCUCCAGUCUUUAAAAGUAA